UUCAGGUUCACAUUCGUAGUCACGUCGCACUGGAUUAUGCUGCUUACUUUUCCUUCGACAGACCGAGAGAUGAGUUGGAUGGCGUGAGACUUGGGACCGAUCUUGGGCGAGGCGAAGAAACGCCUAGCCGGCUCUCAGGACAACUUCUCCGCUAGUGGCUACGGAAAGGGUCGACUUCGCAGACCGCGCAAACAGCAAGCAGUCCCGCUCGGGGCCACGGGACCCGCAGCAGCAGCAGCAGCCACAUUUGCCGAGAUGGAGGUCGAGGGCUCCGAUUCCUAGGACGGGACGGCGCUGAACACGGUCAAGGGUAUUUUCAGUGUACAGCAACGGACCCGAACCCUGGAGUUAUUUCUAUUCUUCUUGUGCCGAAGGAGUGUGAGAUCAACCCAUAUGUACAUGCAAAAAGCCCGAGGACGAUCCCAAGGCCCAACUGGGCCCGCCGUCGUUGACCUUCGCCAUGGCAGUCUUGGAGGUUCUCGUGGCGCAGCAAGUAGUUCAGGACAGUUUACUACUCAGGGCGGAGUAUCAGGGGUUGAAGGGCCUCGAUCAGAGAAUCAACGGGGAGAACAUGGACACCGCAGCAGAAUGCAUCGAGUAUUGGAGGGCCGAAACCACGUUUGCCAAGGCAGGGGAUGAGAUACGAGUGCGGCACAGCUUUUACAUCCAUGCGUUCGUGCCCAUCGGCGAACCCACGAACAUGCUGAUCGUGCCAGCCAACCUCCUGAUCAGCAAGCUGCUGACACCCGUGGGGUCAGAGAUCAAGCCAGGCCCCCCGCCGCGAGCGACGACCGAGAGGAAACUUCAGAACUCACUCGAUAAGAUGCUCAAAGGCCGCAGCCACCACAUGAGGCACUGAGAUCCCUGUCUGAAGGAAAUCCGAGUCGAUGUUUUUCUUCUCGCGCUUGGGCCAGUGCAGAAUGGCACUAUGCGGGAUGAUUGCGUUAAGCCUCUCGACCUUAACGUUAUUCAGGGUGCCCCCAUGACUGGAUAACUAACCGUGGCGGAGGUACCGAAUUUUGUAUCGUGUUCGAGGGUUCUCCACUCUUGAUGCGAACAGUGGUCGACGUGCAGAUUACCGUGAAGAUGCAGCAGAAACAACACAGUCUGAUAGCCAGCCAGCCAGCCUCCUCCCACUCCUCCCCCUCCCCCUCC